UCUAUAAAAACCCGGAACUGCGGAUCGUUCCGCCUCAACGAUUAGAUUCGCCAGCGAGACGAGACCGGAUCGCCUGCUCCCGCGCGCAUUCUUCUUCGGCUUCGUUGCGGAUUUGAUUCGCGUCCGUCUCCUCUUCGGGAUCUCGCCUCCAUCGCCAUGACUACAUCAAGGCGUUUCGCGGACAGGAAGGUGGACAGGUUCGAAAAGAAUAUUAAGAAGAGAGGAGCUGUGCCUGAAACGACCGUCAAGAAAGGAAAGGACUAUCCCGUCGGCCCACUGUUGCUUGGGUUCUUCAUUUUCGUCGUCAUCGGCUCAUCUCUUUUCCAGAUUAUCAGGACUGCAGCAAGCGGAGGAAUGGCAUAAGCUUGGAAUGAUGGAGACAGUAUUGUCAUCCUCCUAGUCUGUAGGGAACAGAGAAAUGGAAAUGGAAAAUUUAUCCGGCUAGUUAUCAUGGUGUGAAUUCUCGAUUUGAAUAUAACAUGAUCCCUUUAUUUUUCUCAGUUUAGUUUCUCUUUUAAGGAAAUUUGUUCUAAUGAUGACGAGAGCUGUUUCAAUGAUGCUCGGAUGUUGGACUUAAUGUGGUGCUUUUCACCCUUCAUAUAAUUCAGGCAAGAGCCAUACGAAUUACAGCUGUGUGUUCAGUUUA